AUGGGGAAAAGGUCUAUGUCAGCUGCAAGCUUAGAUAAAGAAUCUGUGGAAGUGGACAAUGGUGCAUCUGCUAAUGACUACGUUGACGGGAACCUCAUAGAGAGGGAUGUCACGCUAUGCGAGGGUCGCAUACAAAUGAGUGAAGAUUUUAUCGUUGAGCAAAAUGGUUUUAAGCUUCAUCAUCCGAUAUAUCUUCUCAAAUCAGGCGUUGAAGCUAUAAUCGAAGAUGAUGUGACGAAACGGUUUUCGUCUGCCGAACUUCGUGUCUGGAAUCUGCUUGGCCGCAACCAGAACUACUACUUUCACAACACAUCUUGCAAGAAAACUCUUACUGCUCUUUGGUUUCUGGGGUUUAUUAUCCGCUAUGUGUUUCUCUUUCCAAAUCGGUAUUUUCUGUUGCUUAAUUUACUUUUUAGUCUUGCGGUCUGCUUUUUUGGGGUUGGACUAACGUGGAUCUGUGGUGUAACUAAGAAUAUCUUUCCAAAUAGUGCCUUGGGAAAGUGGCUUACUGGGCCGGGUCAUCAGCGCUGUAUGCGUCUUAAUCUUUGUCCCUAUGCUGCCGUCAUUCGUUUUCACAAUCCAGAAAAUCGACCCAAACCAAAUACGAUUUGUGUCGCAAAUCACACAACCCCCGUCGAUUUUGCAGUUUUGGCCAGUGAUAAUACGUAUGCUGUGAUUGGUCAGCGGCAGGGUGGAUUCUUUGGACUGGUGGAAAACAUCCUCUCUAGUUCGGUGCCCACCAUCUGGUUCGACCGAGGCGAGGUCUUCGAUCGUAGUGCUGUUACGAACCGCAUGAGAGAGCAUGUUGCGACGCCUGGGGCUCUGCCUAUCCUUAUCUUUCCUGAAGGUACUUGUAUCAACAACACCUCCGUAAUGAAGUUCAAGAAGGGUUGCUUUGAGGUCGGUGCUGUCAUACACCCCGUGGCUAUUAAGUACGACCCUAAGUACGCAGACUGUUUCUGGAAUAGCAGUCAGGACGGCCUCUUCAAAUACCUAGUCAAACUCAUGACUUCCUGGGCCAUUGUGGUAGAUGUGUGGUACCUUCCACCAGAAACUGCCCGACCGGGAGAGGAUGGAAUCAGCUUCUCAAGUCGCGUCAAACGGAAGAUUGCUGAAUGCGGUGGUCUAGUGGAUAUGGAAUGGGAUGGCGAGUUGAAACGAAAUCAGCCGAAGCCAACACUGCGGCUUGCUCAGCAGAAGAUCUUCAGCGACUUAAUUGGAGCCGAUGAUGGUGAAAGAUCCUGA